CCGGGACCCGGGGACCCCCCACCCAGCGAGACACAAAAGCUGGUGGUCGUGGGCGGCGGCGGCGUGGGCAAGAGUGCGCUGACCAUCCAGUUCAUCCAGUCCUACUUUGUGUCUGACUACGACCCCACCAUCGAAGACUCCUACACGAAGAUCUGCUCGGUGGAUGGCGUCCCCGCUCGGCUGGACAUCCUGGACACUGCGGGCCAGGAGGAGUUCGGGGCCAUGAGAGAGCAGUACAUGCGCGCCGGGCACGGUUUCCUGCUGGUGUUUGCCAUUAAUGACCGGCAGAGUUUCAACGAGGUGGGCAAGCUGUUCACGCAGAUCCUCCGAGUCAAGGACCGUGACGACUUCCCCAUCGUGUUGGUUGGGAACAAGGCAGACCUCGAGACACAGCGUCAGGUCCCCCGAUCUGAAGCCUCCACCUUCAGUGCCUCCCACCACGUGGCCUACUUCGAGGCCUCGGCCAAACUGCGCCUCAACGUGGACGAGGCCUUCGAGCAGCUGGUGCGGGCUGUCCGUAAGUACCAGGAACAAGAGCUCCCGCCCAGCCCGCCCAGUGCCCCCAGGAAGAAGGAUGGGAGCUGCCCCUGCGUCCUCCUGUAGCGCGGGCACAGGAGAAACCACCAGCACGAGCUCUAGGGACCAGCCGCCCUCGCCCAGCCCGUUCCCCGAUCUGGGACACACUACACGCCCUCCUGCAGGUCCUGGCCUCCUCUGGACCGCUGCCACCGUGUGCCUUCUGCCUACGCCUCCUUUCCCCACCCGAGCCCCCGGUGGGGGUACGGGGCUCCCGGGCAUCCGGGUCACUGCUGUAUAUAACCCCCUCCCCCAGAGAAAUAAACAUCACUGCCACUGUCA